UAGGAAAAAGACCCCAGAAGAGAAGAAGAAAAAAGAUGGUAGUAUAUAUCUCAACAAGAAGGGUGUGACCAUGCAUUGCUUUAUCUGUGGAAAAUCCGAUCAUAACAAGAAAGGGCAUGACAAGUACAUGGCAGCAGAAGUUGAAGCUCAACUAGAUGAAGAAGAAGAAAUAGAAGAUCCUUCAAUUCUUCAGGACAUAAUGCCAGCAAGACUAAAUCCCAGGUUGGACCCAAUGAAUGUUAGAACUAGCAUGGUGUACAUGAUGGGCCAUGAGGAUAGAGCAUAUGUGAGCCAAGUGACACCACCAGGACCGUUGCCAGAGCAAGCAGCUUUUGUGCUUGAUGCUAUAGACUCAAUUCCUCAAAGGACAAGAACGACCACGACAACCAACAGAGGAAGGGUGAGAGCCAGAAGAAAAUCAAGAACUAUAAGUGAGCAAACACAUCUAGAUGAACCUGGUUCUAGUGCACAAGCAGGAAGAUAAAACAAAAGAAAAACAACAACAUGCAGUACUGAAAGUGGAGUUGGGAGAGGAGCUGGCAGAGGAGGAACAAGAGCAAAAGGAGCUGGCAGAGGAGGAACAAGAGCAAGAGGAGUUGGGAGAGGGGCUACCAAUGGAGCUGGCAGAGAAGUAGAUGCCAAUGGAACAUACAUUGGAGGGGCUGGCAGUGAAGCAGGCAUAGGAGGAGCUUGGAGUGGAUUUGGCACAGGAGGAUUUGGAAAUGGAGCAGGCAUAGGAGGAUUUGACAAUGGAGCAGCCAUAGGAGGAGCUUGGAAUGGAGCAUGCAUAGGAGUAGGGGGGGCUUGGAAUGGAGCAGGCAUAGGAGGAUUUGACAAUGGAGCGGCCAUAGGAGGAGCUUGGAAUGGAGCAGGCAUAGGAGGAUUUGACAAUGGAGCGGCCAUAGGAGGAGCUUGGAAUGGAGCAGGCAUAGGAGUAGGAGGAGCUUGGAAUGGAGCAGGCAUAGAAGUAGGGGGAGCUUGGAAUGGAGCAGGCAUAGGAGUAGGAGGAGCUUGGAAUGGAGCAGACAUAGGAGGAGCUUGGACUGGAUCUGGCACUGAUCCAUCUCAGUAUCCACUAUAUAGACUCAUGUUUGGAGAUGAUGGAGCUAGGCACAUGAUCCCAGACCUUAAUGCCACGGAUGAAGUACCAGUUUCACAUAAUGCACCUCCAGGAGAUCAGUGCUAGAGUGCUUGAAGUUCUUAAAUAAACUUCAAGCUACUUUGUAGAAGUUCAUGUAUGAACUUUAUUUUUUUAAGUGCUCAUUUUGUAAUGGUGUAGCCACUAUUUUUGUAAUGAUGCACCCACUUUAGUGUUGUGUGCAAUCUGCUGUGAUCAAAAUUCAGUAAAAACUUGAUCAGUUCUGCAA